ACUCUCAUUUGGUCCAAUGUUUAGGCAGGGUGAAAUGCUCAGUGUUGGUUGUUUGGUAUCCUCCCACCAUUGAGCAGCUUUGGUAUUCCUCCAAGAAUCAAAACACAUGCUGAUAAACAUACUGUGGUGGACUGCAAGACACAUUCAGCUAUCCGACAGAAGUUUACGGUUCAAUAUUUUUGAACAACCUUCAUUCGUAUUUCACUAUUUGAACCUUAAGAUACUUGGUUGUAAAAUAUGAAUCCUCAUUGUGCACGAUGUGGGAAAAUUGUUUAUGUGACGGAAAAAGUGAACUGCUUGGAUAAGAUUUGGCAUAAAGGAUGUUUCCACUGUGAGGUGUGCAGAAUGGCUCUAAAUAUGAAGAACUACAAAGGCUAUGAGAAGAAGCCUUAUUGUAAUGCGCACUAUCCAAAACAAUCAUUUACUAUUGUUGCGGACACUCCUGAGAACCUCCGACUGAGACAGCAAAGUAUGCUUCAGAGCCAGGUGAAAUAUCGCAAAGAUUACGAGGGAAUGGGCUCACAAGGUGUCACUCAGGGAGGCUACGCUCAGUCUCAAGUGUGGCAGGACAACAAGACAUCUGAGCACCCGGCACACAAACGUGUGCACCAAUACAUCAUGGAAAUGGCCCACAGGCCAGGCAUCAUCGUAGCUCCCGUACUGCCAGGGGCAUACUACCCCAAAGCACACACCUUGGGAAACAGCUACAUGCAUCAGACCAGCAUGCAUUCUUUAAGAUCCAUGCAGCGUCGUUCACAUCUGAGUGUGUACAGAGCCCUUUAUGACUAUGUCAGCCAAGACACUGAUGAGGUGUCAUUCCGGGAUGGUGACAUCAUCCAUGGCGUGCAGCCAAUUGAUGGGGGUUGGGUGUAUGGCACAGUUGAAAGAACUGGCAGGUCUGGGAUGCUUCCAGCCAAUUACAUACAAGGGUUACGCUAAGGUCAAACCUGUUUGGAAAUUGAUCUGAAUUUUUAAACACCUUAAAUAACAAAGCCUACUACCAAUGUUUCAUCCUGCUUACGUCAUUUGCCUAAAUUAAUAAAUGCAUUGUCUUAUAUCUAAAUAUAUAAUGCA